AAUAUAUAUUUUUUUUGUCAACAAAACUAAUUUUAUCAUAACUUUUAUUUUGUAUUUAAUUUUUGAUAUAAUCUAGUGUUUUUUUUUAUAACAAAUAAAAAUGGAAAAUGAUUAUUUUGAGUGUCAUCCACGUCAUGGCCGACUCCAUAAAAGUAAAUCAUCGGGUCCAAAAAAAUUAUUGAAACAACAAAAUGUAUCUCAUUGUGAAUGUACAAGUAAAAAUCCAAGAUUAAAAAAAGUUAGAAGUCCAUUAACUUGUCAUAAAGAUCGUGAUUGUCGAAUAAAUUCAAACGAAAAUAGUGAAGAAGAAAAACCAUCUUUUUUAAAUUCACCAGGCUUAUCAUCAAUUGCUGAAGAUCAAAAAAAUGGAAAAAAUAUAAAUAAAAAAAUAAACAAAGUUAUGGAAGAUGCUCUGAUACGAGAACCUGAUGGUUUUAUUAAUGAAAAAAAUAUUUCGCGUCACAUUGGAAAAUCAAUGACAAGUACUUCAACAACAUCAGAUCAAGAUGACAAUUCAGAUGAAUCAAAAAAUCAUCAUGAAAAUCACAGUGACUUAUCACAUUUAAUUAAACUCCGGUGGAAAUAUUUAAAUCAAAUUCAACAUGAUCUCAAGUGUCUUCAUGAUUUAGAAAAAUAUAUUGAAAGUCGUAUUACACCAAGUUUAAUUUUUCAAAACAAUUCAAGAACUUCAAAGAUUAUGAAUUCAACAAAGGGUCGUCCUACAACACGACAUAAUCGCUCUAAUAAUUUUUUGUAACGAGAAAAUAUAUAUAAUUAUAAUUUUCUUUGCUCAAAU